AUUCAACCGGGACUCAGUGGAUGGGAUUACUCCUUUGUCUGCCCUUUCUCGCUCGUGCGGCACAAAGUCUAGGAUCGCUUGAUCGCUUUGACCCGAUCAGCCCUGAGACAUUCUUGAGCACCUCCCCUCUUUCUUUUAUCCCCCCUCUCAAUUUGAGUGCACAACCAGGAGGUCCCAUACUACCCACACCACUUUUACCAGUUGUGCAACACUCCGGCAUACCUUGAUUCACUCAAACCAAGUACAGGCGCGGACAGACAAACACCACGAGUCGAGUAACCCCCACUAGCAUUAAGCACGGAACGACUCAUUUUGACCUAGCUUUGGCUGUAGACCAUAAUGGCGUCAAACGAGCCAAAGCUACUGUACGCCAUAGAUGGCAUCUCGGCGUACCACAUCACAAAUGGGAGCGAGGAGACCCUCACGCCCGCUGGGCCACAGACCCUUUCCCUCCUCAUGGUUCCGACCUCGUCCCCGUUCGCCGAUCGUUCGGUUGAUCCCAAGUGCGGCAAGUCUGAGGAGGACUUUUACCUACACCUCCACCUACCACCCGAGCUAGACCUCCCAUUGCCCGCCACUACCCAAAUAUAUCACCAGCCUCCCCGAAGCUACCUUAUUCCACGUUGGGAUCUCGGACGCGACAGCGGCGCCUUUACACGCAUCGAGUUCCCUGAGCUGGGAAGCCGGCAGCACAUACAGGAGGACGUCGAUACCUUCGAGACCAUUUUGGCGCAAUGCACAGCCUUCCUAGAGAGGGCGCCGCCGCCCAAGCUCGGCGUAUCUUCUUCUUCCAAGGGCGAAAAGUCUGGCUUUGGUAACGAGAAGGCAGCCGCCAGGUCCAUGGACACCGGUGUGGCAGGGCCCUCUUCUUCCAAGUCCAAGGCUGCCCUCUCCCAGGACCCGCCCCCGUACAACCCCAACGACUUCCAGCCUGGAGAGGCAUAUGCGCGCGGGAGUCAUAGCAAGCAGCAGACGGGCCAGAUUGUCCUUAUUGAUGAGGAGGAUGGCAGUGUAAUAGGGGAGCUGGGAGAGGGAAUGACAGUUGUUGAGCACCAGGCUCUGAAGCCGGGUUCCAAAGAGCCUGUCGAGAUUACACUUCCAACUGAUUCGACUCAGAACAUAUCUGUGGCACCAGCCUCCAAAGAGUCCGUUGAGAUGCUCAUGCAUCCUGCCUACCAAAAGUCUUUCCUGGUAUCCAAUGCGUCUAUGGCGUCCCGAUUCAUUGUCGGCACCUCGGACAAGGUAUCAAGUAUGCUGCAGUCAGGAGCAACCGCGAUCACCGCCAAGAGCAAACCAGCCAGUAAGCCCAUGACCUUCAAGCCAGCGACCCACGAGCGAAUUCGGCGCAUCAAUACUUUCACCGGAGGAGCAGUUGGCCUUUCUACCAAGACGGUAGGGCAAAUUGGCAAGGUCGCACAAAACGUGGGAGCAACGCUCGCGCGAAAGGGACACAGGGGCGGUGGUAAAGGCUUUGAUAAGGACGGCAACCCCAUCGAUGGUUACAAGCCCGGCUUGUUGAACAAGAGCUUGAUGGCGUUCUCGACCGUGGCCGAUGGCAUCGAGCAGGCAGGCAAGACGCUGCUGACGUCUACCUCGAAUGCCGCCACGACUGUUGUAGAGCACAAGUGGGGUCCCGAGGCCGGCGAUGUGUCACGUAACCUUGGCUCCGGUGUCAAGAAUGUCGGUCUGGUCUACAUCGAUGUCACUGGAGUGUCGAGGCGUGCUCUUGUAAAAAACGUGGCCAAGGGCAUGAUCGUGGGCAAAGCACCAAACGGAAAGGAUGUUGUGGUUGGCGCUGGAGAUGGCGGCGUCGUUCCAGUGCCGCCAGAGAAGAGACUUCAGGACAGCGAGGGGAAUGGUGGUUCUAGUUCGGCAAGCUCGAUCAAGGGCUAUUCGGACGAUAAGAAGGCGGCUGUUGAGUACAAGUGAGCUAGCGAGCUCAACUUGUCGUGGCGGAAAAUAGCCGAGGAUUGGCGGUGUUUUUUUUUUUUAUUUUUUUUUUUUAAUUCACUUUUAUCCACUCGUCGCCAUUUUGUCAUCUUUCUGUUCAAUUUCUGGAACAUGGACCAGCAUUCUGGCAGCGAUAGGAUAUGUUAUUUGUGAGGGGGUUCUGAUUCUGAUGAUUCGGAGGGACUGAGGAGCUUGAUAUCAAGAGUUGCGGUAAUUAAUGAGUAAGUAAUGAGUAAGAGGAACGCUGACGGUAUUGA